UCCUCUCCCCUGUCUGCUUGACAGGGAGAGAUAAAAGUCAACGCCGCUAGCCCGCCCUCUCUCUUGGCCUUUUCCGACGUCUUCCUAGCUUCCGUAAAAGCCUCCGUCUCGCUUUGCACGUGGCGGAAGCAUGACUAGGUACGCAAUAGGCCAAUAGCUCGAGCUUGGCGAUUAAUUAGCUUCUGUACGAUGUGGUCGUCCUCGCCGUGGGUGGCCGCCGAGGAAGAGUGGGAUCUAGGCGCGGUGGUGAGGGGUCGCCGUCCUUCGUCGACGAGGCUGGAUGAGGCGGAAGCCGGUAAAAGUGGUUCCUUUUCGGGUUUCCCGGAUCUGCUCCAGAGACGGGAUGGGUUCCAGGAGCUGGAGGAGCUCUACAAGCCUUUCUUUUUCUCGAAAAGUCAGCAGAAGCCGCUACAGCUGCGAUGGAGUCCUCCGGCGUCGUGGCUUUCCCCCGCCAACGUUUCCACCGCCGUCGUAGGGUUUCCGCAGCCACAUCCACCAUCCCGGCAAGUUCACCGGCUGCCGCCUCAGAUUCCUCGUUCUAAAAGAAGGAAAAACCAGCAGAAGAAGGUGGCUUGCCAGGUGCCGGCCGACGGGCUCUCCGCCGACGUGUGGGCGUGGCGAAAGUACGGCCAAAAACCCAUCAAGGGCUCUCCUUAUCCUCGGGGAUACUACCGUUGCAGCAGCUCAAAGAGCUGCCUCGCUCGAAAGCAGGUGGAGCGAAGCCGAGUUGAUCCGGCCAUGUUCAUCAUCACCUACACCGCUGAGCACAACCACCCUGUGGCCACUCAUCGAAACUCCCUUGCCGACAGCACCCGCCACAAAUUCCCUUCCCCUGCCUCUGCAUCCGCCGUCACAGACGACAGCACCGAGCCCUCAUCCGCCAACCACCCAUCCAACCCCCCGUUAGUAGGUCUCUCCCCGACCACCCCGCUCGCUGUCUCCAUGGACAACGAAACCCUCCGCCGCCGCUCGGAAGACGCGGAGGGCGGCGACGAAGCGGAUGACGACGAGGAAGAGGCUGAAAUGCUACUGGACGUGGAGGGCACAGACGUAGACGACUUGCAGCUUGUGGGCGGAGCUGCCUUGCCGGAUGCGGAGGCCUUAUUCGACGACGAAAACGCGCUGGGGGAUCACCAUUUUCCGCCCGCAUGGAUUCCGUACAACAGCAGCAGCAGCACGGCCACUGCAGCCAGCGGCAGCUGAUGCCCCUCCUCUGUUCGUUCUUUAUCCGACAAAUUGCAGACACAACGGGCCGCAGAACCAGCCAGAGAGAAAGGAAGACGAGGGAGAAGGCAUCAUCUUGUCCAUUCAUUUCCCUUCAACACCUCCUUCACCGUGGGAUUUUCCUGCCUUGUCUCUUUGUGGGACUGUACAUUUCGUCAUAAAGUAUUCAAUGAAAUCCACUUACAAAAUGUGAUUGAAUUGUUUUAUCGGUAAAUUAGAGAAAAAUUUUCAAUGGUAAUCAUAAUUUUAUAUGUAAUUUUCAUGCCUAAUAAAUUUUAUUUCUACUCUUUGUAUGUAAA